AUGUAUCUGGAGCUUUACUAUUUCAACGCGCAAACCCAAUUUCAUAUCCGGUGGUUAUACCAAGGAAUGAAAACUCUCGUCGUAUUGGCUCUCGUAGCCACCUUCGCUUAUGCUUACGAUCCCGUAUUCGUCGAUGAGCUUGAAGACAUAGUUCUAAACAAACAAGACGAAAUUGAGCUCGACCGGCUUGACGAUGAUAAGAAUAUGCUUCGCUCUGAAAAAAAGAAAAAGCUCGAAGAAAUUCUGUCCAGGCAACCGGAAAAUAUUCAGCAACUUUUUGCAAAGGAAGUGGAACGUGAAAAACUCAAACAUCAGGCAAAGUUUGAACGGAAAAUGGCAAGAGCCACUGAUCCAGCUGUCAAAGAUUACCUGCAACAAGUCGAAGUGAUCGGCAGCGACAUGAAUAUCUCGGACGGGGACGCGAAAAGAAAAAUAAAAGAGUUGAAAUCAAAACUGACGGAUUCGCAGCUCAGAGAAUUGAAGAAAUUGGACUAGAUUCAACUCCUGCCAGUCCCUCCACAUUCAGAUCCGUCACUUGUAUAUUUACAAUUGUUCUCAACAAAACUUUAUGCAAAUAAUUUUCCUC